AACAGCUGGAGGUGGAAGGCAGGGGUUAUAUAAUUAUCUUACGUCUGGCAGCUUACAACAAUAACAAGUCACUAUUAGGAAGAACCUUGUGAGAAUAUCCCUUAUUUUACAACACGUCAUGGGGUCAUCAUCAGAGGAUGAUGGACAUCUGGUGGUGAAGGAGGAGAACAUGGAAGAUGAAGUAAUGGAUGAUGACAUGGACUCUUGGGAUGACACUCCUCGCCGGUCUGCCUUCUCUCCAUAUCGACCAGUGACAGUGCUGACCAACCUACAACGUGGCAACAUCCAGACACAGACCAGCCAGGCUGAACCAGAUGACUUCACACUCCAUAACCGAGCAGCUAUGGGGGAGCUCUCAGCACAAGACUUGAGAGAUGUUGAAGUGGAUGAGGUGGACAGCCAUGGGUUCACCUCCCUGAUGUGGGCGUGUCACUACGGCCAGCUGCCCACUGCUCGCCUUCUCUUGCAGCACCGUGCAAAGGUCAAUAUGGAAGGUGAGGACGGAGAGACAGCCUUGCUCCUGGCUGCUAGUAAUGGCCACCAUGAGAUAGUGAAGCUCCUCAUAUCUUGUGGUGGUGAUCCCUCUCAUACUGACCAUAUGGGCAACACUAGCCUGAUGUAUGCAGCACAUGGUGGCCACUCACACACUGCCCAUGAGCUGCUGGAGCACGGCGCUGAUCCCACUGCUACCAACCUGUCAGGGGCCACCGCCUUCAGUAUUGCAGUCAACCGUGGCAGUAAGCAAGUGCAACUCAUUCUGGAGAGGAGCUUGCUGAAGUUGCUUGAGGGUUCUUAGCUGUGUCAAGUGUUGUCCUGAUGGAGAGUGCAAAUGGUUAUAUGCAAGCUGACUUCAAAAUACAGAAGAUCCAAACUUUUGAUAGGAUGAAUUUCUUGUCAUUCUUAGAUCAGUAUAAAUUACUCUUAGACUUUCUUUUGUACAUGAGAGACAGUCUCUUCACAUACUGCUGGCUGUGUUGUUGUUUUGCCAAUAACAAGUCCCUAGGAACAUUUUCAUGCCUCAUCUCAUUGUACAGUUUUGUAUACAUUUUUGUAAUUCAUCAUUUCAUUGUAUAGAAAUGUGUUAUAUUCCUAGCAUUCAUUCAUUUAUUCAUUAAAUCCUAAGACAUUCACAAAAAAAAAAAAUUAUAGAUGUAUAGUACAAAAUUGGCAUUAUUUAGUAACAGUUCUAGGUUAUAUUAUCUUGCUUUGUGCAUAGUUGAUGAAGUUUGUCGUCAGAAAGGUCCAUUAUACAUGAAGCUGUACAAAGUGUGCAAAUUAUGUAACACAUCUACUGAAUCACUUUGACUAGGAAGACUGAUAUUCAUUGGUUUCUGCAACAAGACCAGUUCUACUAUUUUAUCAAUAAGUACACACAUCAAGAGUUUUAUGGUUGAUGCAAUGCUGUUCUUUAGUUAUUAACCCAGCAAGUGGUGCACCAGUGCACAGUUUACUCUUGUCUCUGUGCACUUUAGGUGGAAGUGAGCUGAGCCUUGCCACAGCAUCACCUUCCCCCUAUGGCUCCCAGUGACUGUGAAAGUUGCCUCAUCACUCCCAAAGACUUCUGCUUCUCCAUGAAAAUCAUUAUUUUCUUCUGCUGUUUUAUUAACAGUGGCUUUCUACAUGGGAUGCAAUGUUGGAAGCCAAGGUGGUCAUGAAGGUGCUGUUGUUCUGUUGUGGUGGAGACAUUUUUUGAGAAGUUGUGGAUUCAUUCCCUUGAGUACCUUUGCAGUUAUUUAUGGUUCUUUUCCACUUAAUGUUGAAGAAUCUUCAUGGAUUUCUUGGAGGAGAUAAAUUGCCUCCCAGAACUCAUCUUGUGGAAUGGAAAAUCCUCAACAUCUUCCUCUUUGGUUUCCUUGGUCCAGCGCUGCACUUUAGGGAGUGCUAUACUGGUAAUGGUAGUGAUCUCCCUGUGUCUUGAGAUUGAACUGAUGAUAACGCUUAUAAUCUUCCAUAAUGGAUGGAAGGUUAUUGAACUUGUCCCGCAUUUGGUACAAAUGAAGUCAUGUGUCUAUUUUCAGUGACUCACUCAGAGGAUGUAUACUAGUAUGAAUAGUAAUGAAUAAUAUACUAUGCUAAUAGAUAUCACUACACUAGUAUACAAAAGUGAUAUAUUUAUUAUAUUUAUAUGACAAUUAUAGCAAGAUGAAAUGUUAUCAAACAAAUUGAGUUUGUGUAUUUUUUUUUAUUUUCAUAUAUCCAGUCAAAAUGUAAAGUAAUGGAAUCGCCAUUAUUGCAUUGUGAAAAGGAACACCUGUUGGUUUUUCUGUUUUCACUGCUCUGAUUUUUUUAUUUUACUUUCUAUUGCAAUCCAGAAAAUGCAAGAAAAUAUUUUAGGAUUAUUGUGAAGAGGACAUAUGUGAUAGCACUAGUGAACAGUGCAGGGGACAAAAAUGCAUGAACAUCAGCUGUAGCUGCAGCCAUACAUUAAGCAUAUAAGGGAAUAUAAUAGUGGGAAACACAACCACUUUCUUAAAAAUCCCUGUCCUGAGACAUAGUCUUGCACCAACUCAUCCUUCCUUAAGGAAGACUAACACUAGUAAUCCUGAUGAAAAGAAAAGAAAAAUUUGAAUUGAUUGGAAACAUUAUCUUCAAUAUGAAUAGCAGCAAGUGCAGCAGGAACCACUUUUUUAUGCUCUUUCAACAUUUCAGAGUAGAGGCUGCAACUUCCUGUGACAUUCAUGCUGAAAAAUAUAUAUAAGAUAUUGUGCCAUAUCUGUGAAGAAAACAUGUAAUAGAAGAAAGUGAAGCCUCUGGCUAGUACAGUGGUAACGUGCUGGCCUGGCAUUUCUAAGGUCUUGCUUGGGCUUGUGAGUUUAAGGACGUAGCCACAGUUCAGGGUACAUUUUUUUUUUUUUUUUUUUUUUCUUCUAUUGGUGCUGGGAUGCUCAUUUUUUGCAUGAAAGUUUUGUGUAUUAUAGUGACUAUGCACACCAACUUUUGUUGAAUUCUAUCAACAAAUGGAAAAACUUUAUGGAGUGACCCCAGUAUGUAGAACUCACAAAGUUUAGUAUGUAUCUAGUGUGUAGCUAUUUGGAUUAUUAUUAUUAUUAUUAUUAUUAUUAUUAUUAUUAUUUAAUAUUAUUAUUUAUUUAUUUAUUUAUUUAUUUAUUUAUUUAUUUAUUUUUUUUUUUUGAGGAAGAUAUUGGACAUGAUUGAAAAAUUUACGCUCAGUCGUGAGUGGAGGUCAUGUAGUUUUUUAUACUGUGCUUUUCAUAUUAGCCUCGAAAAUUUUCCAUCGUUUGCGGCCAUAAAUAUUCACCAAAAAUAGACUAUUCAACUUGGAGGCCUAUUUCGGCAUAAAAAGUUUAAAGAAAUAUAUAAACUUGGAUAUAAAAAACAAUGGUGCAAACUGAGCAAGAAUUGUAGUAGAUACACCUUACUUUCACAAAAUGACAUUUCGGAAAAUGAACGUCAAUUUUUUUUUUUUUCCAUUCCCUUUGCAUAAAACUUGUCUGUAAUAUACAAAAUAUGAAAAGAUCAUUCAUUAUACAAGAUAGAUAAUGCAUUCAAAGUAUGUAAUAUAUGCUUUUAUGACUGCAUGAGCCAUAAAUGUUCAGCCUUUACCAGUACCAAAUAAUAAUUAAUGUAUCUCAACCAUGGAGUAUCGUCAAGAACUGACUUCAUGAAGAGCUCUUGGAGUCCUUUUUGGCAUAUUUGCCUAAUCUGAUGAAAGCCAAAUGAUAAAGACAGAAUAGUGUGGCAAAGAGACAAGGCACAUGUAGACAUAACUUGAGCUACGACAACAGUGAAUCACAUGCUCUCUCUCUCUCUCUCUCUCUCUCUCUCUCUCUCUCUCUCUCUCUCUCUCUCUCUCUCUCUCUCUCUCUCUCUCUCUCUCUCUCUCUCUCUCUCUCUCUCUAAACAUUGUUGCCAUAUGAUUGGAAAGGUAUUAUCAUAGUAAUAGGAAAAACAGCAACAAAAACAAAAUUGACACGUACAAUCAACAUGACAGGCACAUACUAUGUAAAUAAGCCCCCAUUAUGGCGUAAUUAAAGGGACAAAAUUUCACCAAAUGACUCUCAACCUUUAGCUCAAGGUUACCAAGGACUUUUACUAUUUUCCAGAUUUUUGCAAUUUUCAAAAAUUUUGAUUUUUUUUUUUAGCCCUGAAGCAUGGUUAUGUCCUCAAGCUGUUUACUGGGAGGUACUGCUGUUGUUAGAGUGCCAAAGUGGGAAGUUGGUUCAACUGGCUGAUGUUCGGGAGAGCAUCUGAUGUGAUGGAUGCCAGAACUAAAAUCAACACACUUUAACUUCAAGUAGCUUUUUACACUAUACCAUGGCUAACUCCUUCAUAUAGAUUGUUAGUGUGGCAUAUAGAAUAGAUAUACUCUUCUAACAGUGCAACAGAAAAGAUAAAAAUAUGUUAGUCAAACUAAAUACUAAAGUAUUGUUGAUUUCUGGCCUUGAUAACCGAGUCAUACUCUCAGGUUUGAAAUACAAGUGUGCAUGUGUCAGUAUUGAAUUUGCUAUGGCGAUACUACAUUUGUACCUAUGCAGUUACAAAGGUCUGAAGGGCUUGUAUAAAGUGUGCCAAAAUUAAAGAGUUUGUAUACAGUUGG